CCCAGUUUGAAAGUGGUUAUUGCCGGAUGCAGAUCGCAAGCAUGAAACAUACUCGUUGUAUUUCCAAUUCGCAACAGCAGCUGCUGUUGCUGCUUCUACUCAUUUCCGCCGCCUGCUUCGUGCAGCCCGCGGCAGGUCGAGGUGGUCGUGGACGUGGCGGUGGCUCAUUUGGUGGCAUCUUUGGUGGCUGGCGUAGCAAAUACGGCAGCAAGUCAUCGUCGUCGGGCGGCGGACGACGCGUUGUCAGCGGUUCUCCCGUUCAUACGGCGAUGACUGUACCCAAGGUGCCGCUGCCACCACCGCCACCGCCACCACCGAAACCCAUGUCCAUGCCCAAGCCACAGCUGGGCAACUAUCCGCGUCAACAACUGCCACAUGGCUAUAAUUUUGGCUAUGGAUCAGCGCCCAGCCAGGGCACCUACUAUGCCAAUACUCAGGCACUGCCCAGUGGCGCCAUCUACUAUCCGCAACCGCCCAUGGGCAGCAGCUUCGGAUCAGGUACGAAUGGAUUUCUGACUGGUUUCCUGGCUGCCAGACUGAUGCACAGCAUGAAUCGUGGCCACUAUCAUCAAGUGUACCAUCAGAAUCCGAAUCAGAAUCCGCAGGGAGGAGAACCUGCUCAAUUGGAGAGUCGACGAAUAAUCGUUAUUAACAAUGGACAACAGGGAGAGGGUGUGGGAGAGGGUCAGGGACAGGGACAGGGAGAGACAGAGGCACCGCUGCAAGAAGUGCAAUUCUUUGCUCCGCCGUUAAGCAAUGAGGAGGAAACCCAGGAGGAAUUAUCAAGCGAGGAGCAAACUACCCAAAGCACUGAUGCAACAGCGCCACCUGUUGGCGGAAUUGUGUGCUUCCCCAUCAUGAUGAAAGAGACGGAUCCCCUGAAUGCCGAAGAGGUGCGAGAAGUGGAACGCAUUGCAUGCGUGCCAGCAGCAAGUUUGAAUGCCAUGGCGAAUGUGGAUUGCCAAAACGAUCCACAGUGCAUGGCCGAACAGGUUGGCAGCACCACGACCAGCACAGAGCCACCAAUUGUUGCAGGCGAUAUUGGUAGUGCAUCUGAUAGCACAGAGGAGGACGAAGAGGGAGCGACAGCGGCAGAGGAAGUCACUGAAGUGACAAACAGCUCGCAGGCUGAUGUGGAUGCUAUGCUGAAUUAGCCUUAAAUUUAUACGUUAAGCUAUAAUGCAAAUAAAUGUUUACUUUCGUUUUGAUUUACAGCCAUAAAA